UACACGAGUUGGUAUGGCCCGUAUGGGCUACUUACGCCAUAUACUACUAACAAAACACGCUCCUCGUUAUAUGUGAUUGCUCAAAUUUCCGCCAGGAAGCCUCGCUCUUAGGGUGACCCAGCACCCUGAACGCAGUCACAAUCUGAAGCAUCCAAACAUCUGCCUCCAAAUAACACCUCCACACACUCGAGCAUACGACAAACGCACUGGUUUCGGCGCUUAUAGCUGCACAGGCUGCUGGCCAACCUAUUGGUCACCUAUACAUCCCUCAUAUAGGCUGCGACAUCCUGUCGGCGGGUACAUGUUCUAUUCUGCCCUCCACGCGUGCUCGGCGUAACACAUCAGAAGCUAUGUGAUAACUAUACAUCUUCCCAAUGACAUGGAACUUGCCGGUAUUAGGUCUGAUUCGUACUGGCCUCGUGCUUGCCUGGACCAGUAUAACACCCCACUCGCCCCACUUACUACCUUGUGUCCGAAUCGUUGUCUCUUGUCUUGCCUGUAGAGUUCUCAUCUCCGCGCUGCACUCACAGUAUCGCAAUCCAUUGAGUAGGUCGCAUCAUCCAUACACCCCACUUGCCACGUUGUGUCUGAUGCAGCUCUGUCUACCUGUAGAGUUCUCAUUACCUGUACGUAGCAUACAAAGUCGUGCAAUCCUUAACGGUCACAUCGGACGUACACAGAGAAGUUGCUACGUAGCCCUUCUCAGCACCAAGUUUCCCCCCUUUUGUUGGUGCUACAUGUAUUUUCUCCCAUUCACCUUGGCCGUUAUAGCCGCCCUUUCUGGAAGAUUUAAUCAACUGAAUGCAGAGGAAGAGGCAGAAAGAGCCAGACGCGUCGCAGAUGAAGAGGCGGAAAAAGCCAGGCGCGCUGAAAAGGAAGCAGCGGAAAACCAAAAAGCCAGACGUGCUGCAGAGGAAGAGGCGGAACAAGCCAGGCAUGCUGCAGAGGAAGCAGCUGACGACGCACGGAGGCGUCAAGAAGAAUGUGAACGAGCGGCAGCUGAGGAUGCAGAAGCUCUUCGCAGAGCAGAAGAAGCGAGGCUCGCCACUGAGCGUCAAUGGUUUGAAGGCGUUCGCCCCGAAUGCUGCCCUUCGGAGGAGGAUAUCGUUCAGAUGAAGACCAAGUAUUUUUACAGCCCAAACUUCCUCCACUUCGCGGUUGUUGGCUCAUCUGGAGUCGGGAAAUCAUCCUUCAUCAACGCCGUCCGUGGCCUGUCCAACAAUCAUCCCAUCGCCUCUCGUACGGGGAUCGUAGACUGCACCCCUCAGGUUACUAGAUACCCUGAUCCACGCCCAAACUCUCGGAUCAUUUGGUAUGACGUUCCCGGAGCAGGCACUCCAAAUGUCCCUGACUGGCACUACUUCAAUGCCUUGGGCCUCUACAUCUUCGACUGCAUCAUCGUGAUCAUCGAUAAUCGUGUCAUGGAAUCCGACCUCGCCAUCAUUCGUGCCUGCCGGCAGUUCAUCAACAUUGAAGUGUUCAUCGUUCGCUCCAAGUCAGAUCAGCACAUCAACAACAUGGCAUGUGACAGGAUGCCACCAGGGUUCGACCCUUGUGAUUCAGACAUCGACGACAAGACACGUUGUCAAUUUCUGCAAAUCAAAUCUGAAGAGCGGAUGAGGUUCAUCGACGAAACGCACCAGAAUGUGCAAAUGAACCUUGAGAACAAGAACCUUUUCCCUCAGAAGGUCUACAUCGUUUGCAAGGACGCCAUGCUUGCUAUAUGGAAUAACUCGCGUUCUCCAAAGGCAAUUGAUGAGGCAGAACUUCUGAAUGAUGUUAGAGAAUGUAUGGGUAGGAGUCUUGAGCCGGUAUCUUGA